CUCAGCUUGGGCUCCUUGACCGGCCCAGUGUUGUAAAGUUCAUACUUUCGGCCGGCUGUGCACUGAACAACAAACGAAGACUCGGACUCAAAUGUGCACCCAAUAAGGUCAACCAAGACCAAGGUUCUGGUUAAAGCGAUAUUAAAAACGUAGUGUGUCAAAGAAGUCCUGGCACGCUUCUCUUCUCUGGAACUUUGCGCCUGGCCUAAUUAGCUAUAUUUCUGUUAUAUUCGCGUUUUAUUUAAAAAGGAAUUCUCUGUUAAUUCUGCUGUGUUAUGGAACUGGAUAAAAUGGAUGAAAAUGACUGGAAAUACCACGGAGAAGGGAACAAGAGCCUUGUUGUUUCUCAUGUUCAGCACUCUAGAGUCCUUCGCCUUUUGAAGUAUCCCUCUGAAGAUGCAGAAAAUGCACAUCAGACAACAGAACAGGCCUUCCAACACAUACGUAACAUAGUGGAUUAUAACAAAAAUGUCAUGAAGCCCUUGCUGGGGGAGAAAUAUGUGCACAGUGGAGAGGUGGUCAAACUGCCACUGGAGUUUGUUAGGCAGCUGUCCUUAAAGGUCCAGCAAGAGCGACCAGAAUUGCGGUGUGACAAAGUGAUGGACACUUUCAGUGGCUGUGGUCUGUGCCUUCCAAAUCUUACCCAGCUCUCACCAUGCCACUUUGGAGACCACAGACCACCUCUCUGUGUAGAAAUUAAGCCAAAAUGUGGUUUUCUGCCCUUUUCAAGAUAUGUAACCAAGGAAUGCAAGCGAAAGGUGUGCAGAUUUUGUAUGCAUCAGCAUUUUAAGUUGGCCAAUGGGAAGUGGAACAGACUAAGCAGGUAUUGUCCCUUGGAUCUCUUCUCAGGGAGCAAACAGAGAAUGUAUGUUGCGAUCAAACACUUAUUAGAAGAACCACAAAACAACUUAAAAAUAUUUAAGGGUGGGGAAUUGAUUUACAGCUGCAACGACGACGCCAAACAGCAGCCAGACUUAAAUGAGCUGGUCCAGCACUUGCGGCCUUACUUUCACCACUGCAUCAGCCUUUAUAAUGGCCACCAGUCUAGCAAGGCGAUCUUCAGCGAGCUCAUUCAGCUGAUCUGCAGUGCCCUGCUGAGCAGUGGGGACUCCAAGCGCUCAGUAGAGCCCAGAAAGGCUGAGAGCAGACAGUUCUGUGAGGCCAGCCCCCUCCACAGAGACCCACUGCGCAGCGUUACAGGCAGUCAUGGUUUGCCCAGGGACUGUGUCCUUUCAAAAAUCCUACAAGUUCAGAUGUUGGACAACCUGGACAUAGAUGGACUCUACCCACUGUACAAGAGAGUGGAACAGUAUCUGGAGGAGUUUCCUAAAGAGAGGAACAGACUACAAAUUGAUGGACCCUAUGACGAGAGUUUCCUGGAAAAGGUGAAAACUUACCCUUCUGAAGAUGAUGGAUCUAUAGAAUAUGCAGUUGGAAAGGUCCUCCAAUACAGAAUUGCAAUGACUGCCAAAGACUGCUCAGUUAUGAUCACAUUUGCACCUUGUGGACAAGAUGAAAAACUACAGCCGAAUUUGGUGAUUCAGCCUGCAAAGCACUGCUUCACCUACUCUGUCUCCAUCCUCGAUCUGGACCCCAAGCCAUCAGACAGUAUCCCACACCAGUACAAGCUGGACUCCAAAAUUGUCAACUACUACCUGCGGAGCACAAACACCUCACAGGACCGGCCUUCUUCCAACCUCUACAAAGAACACCAGGAAUGCAUGCUGCUCUUUCACCCUGUGUGAACCCCCCUUAUCUGUCUUCACUACUCCAGUGCUGCUUCUGCUGUGAACCAUGAAAAAUGCACAAACUGAAGAUUUAAACUUUUUCCCUUACACAUCAGCCCUUCUCCCUUUUUAAGAUGUGCCAUAUAUAUUUUUAAUGCUAACUUGGAUGGGCCUCUGGUAUCAACGGAUGUACCUGGCAUUGGCUCUCCUGUUCUUAGUCAGACAUUCUCUUCCUGUGGGGCCCCUUUACUUGGGCCUGCGCCCUGAAGCACAGUGCCUAGCUAAAGUAGUGAAAAAUCAGCAAGGAGACCUAGGGCAAAGUGGUAGUGGGCUAUCACGCAGCACACAGUGGUGUGGUAGAGGUGCCAAAGGUGGCUUGUGCUGAUGGUCUUCACAUCAACUUUAUUAUUAUUAUUAUCAUUAUUAUUAUUAUUAUUGAAUUUUUUUGUGCAAGGAAGAAUGAAAUUGUUUUCAGGAACUGAAAAGGGAGGUUCUCAAUAAGUUGCAAGUAUGGAGAUACUGAUGUCUGUUUAGAGACAAAUAAUAAAAUUAAUAGUAAACAUGAGAAAGGUGUAUACUUGAGGUGAAACAAGACUACUGCUCUAGUACACAUCUUUAGAUCUGUGACCACUGACGUUUUGCAGUUUGAUUCACAAACAGCAGUAAUGAUGGCAAGCUGAAUGCAUUUUCACACCUGAAUACUGUUGAUACCUUUACUUUUCUUUAAAUAUUUGCAUCUGAGCUAACUUCUCAGAAAGAAAGUAAUGAAUCAAUGUAAGUCUAGUUUGUAAAAAGUAGUUUGUUGGCGGUAUUUAAAGUGUUUGGUUUGUUCCCCCAGUCUAUGCCAUGCUGCCAUGUUUGUCAGGGGUUCAAAGGGUUUCAGUUCUGAAAAAAAUCCAGCUAGUCUAAGGACACUGGAAUGACCCAGCCCUGUAGUUGACUCAAAACUUAAACUUUAAUUUCUUAAGUGGUAUUUGGUUAACUGAAAACAGCUAUACCAUAUUUAUGCAGAGACUUACACUGGACCAAAGUUGUUUACCAAACUAUUUUUUUUUUACCAGUUUGCACAUACAGUGUAAUGCACUGGGAUGGCAGUUUUGGUAGUUUACAGACCGGCAAAACUUUAAAUGACCUGCUUUUGGUUUUAUUACAAUUGGUUUGUAAAGGUGCCUGUUACCCUUUGCUAAUACCUGUGUAUUGGCCUAAUUGAUUGAAAUACACUUCAUUAUAUUCACAAACUUUAAUUUUUUGUUACAUUUUGUUUUGUUUAAUUUUCAACUGACAUUAGGCAUGCAGACUAAAGUGCUAGACCUAGGGUCAAAGACUGGUCAAAUCAUUUUUGCAGAUUGACCAGUGACAAAACAUCAGCACUUCCUUAGUCUAUGUUGAUUGUAUAUCUUUGAAGUUUGAGUUAAAUUUACCUCCUUUAUCUUGCCACACAUCAUCCUUUACAAAUCUGUAUGGUCUCAUGAACCUGUAUGUCUUGUGUCUUGUCAGUUCUUGGGGCCUUAUGGUUUCAGUUGUCAAAACUUCAGAGUAUAACAGACAGCCUUUAAUAUGUCAACACUUUUAUUGUUCCUCCUUGUGUACAUCUGUGUCUCUUUACUGCGAGACAUACUGAUUUUAGUCAAAGAAUGUUGUCCUUACAAAAGUAUAAAAAAUACUGAAACAGCUUCAUCCAGUUUAAGGAGAAACCAGUACAAGACCCAAAUGACUAACUCAAUGCAAGAUACAAAUCCAUUUGUGCCAGAGUGAAGGUUUUCAUUCAAAAUAAAACAUAAAUCUUUGUACUAACUUGAAAUGUUGUUAAAUAUGACACCCACUACAAGGAUUUGUAUUUGCUAAACUGCUGAACCUAAGUAGGAGUGAAUAUUAAUGUCUAAAGAAAUCACAAUCACUGUGAUGCAGCUGAAGUAAGGACUAAAAUGUUAAACUUUCAAAAUACAAAGUGGAUUUUGCUGUCACAUUUUGUAUUUAAAUUAUUUAUUUUUCUAGAUAUGGUCUAAUGAUGUAUAUUUACAUACAAUAGGUGUUUGUGUGUGUGUGUGUGUGUGUGUGUGUGUGUAUAUAUAUCACAUACAUACAUAUACGUGAUGGAAUGUGUACAGAUGGGAUUAAUACAUUUCCUAAUGGGUCACUCUACAGUGGUGGUAAUACUGAAUAAAAUUAUUUUUAAAAGG